AUGUCUAAAAAUCAGGCUCCAAAGACUGAAUAAGAUAUUAAGCAAUAGUUAGAUACAAUGAUUGAUUCUACCAAAAUAAUGCAAUCUCAGGAAAGAAUAAGAGACAUUAUUUCAAGAAAUGUAGGAAAUAGAGAUAAUAAGACAAUGCAAGACUUUAAUCCAAGCAAAAAGUUUUAGUCUUACGAUUGUAGUCCAAUAUCUAACCAAAAACAUGGCAAGAAAAAUGGAAGAGAGCAGCUCAAUAGAACUAAUACCUAGAGGAGACUGAAUAAAAAAUCUUAUAACCAACAAGAGUUUCAAGCAGAAAUUUUACACAAUGAAAAUUAAUCUAGCUCGUUAACUAAUUCUCUUAGUAAAGAAGUUCUUAAAGAAAAUCUUCAUCAGAUAGUUUUGAAUUGCUUUAGUCUUGAAAAAUCGUCUAAAAGAGAAAAAUCAGAAUUGAAUAGAAGUGGAGACAGAUUCAAUAAUUUUUAUUAGGAAUACAAAAGGUUUGUUGAUUUCAAAUAAGAAGCAGGUUGGUAUGAUAACUAAAAUCCAGCUAAGGAAACUAUAUAUGAUCCAAAAUUCAAACUUCCUAAUCUGAGUUAAGUUAAAAGUCUUUCUAGAUUAUCAACAAAUCCUUUCAAAAAUGAGAUUGGUCUUCAAAUUAAGUAAGAAAAAUUGGAUCCCACUGAGGAGGAAGAUAUAGUUUUGUAAAAAAGACAAAGAGUAAAAGCAUAUUUCAUGCGAUCGGAUCUUACAACAGCAGAAAAUUACUUCAACAUUAUGAAAAUGAAGACCUUUGAGGUUAACCACAACUCAGUAUAUAACUUCCAUCAUCAAGCAAUAAAGGAAUUCAAUCAUAGUUAGAGCGACCCGAAACUGAUAAACUUCACCAAAUAAAAACCUUUCCCUAUGAAGAAGAAAAAUUUGCUUGACAAAAUUUGA